AUGUCAGCUAGCACAGGAAUCAACAUCGGUUCAGUCAACUCCUAUGCCUGGAUGGAGGACCCUUCUCUGGUGCAAAAAUCCAGGUCUGCAUGGGGGCAAACAGACUAUACAUUGAACCGAAAUCUCAGAUUCACACUGUUAUCCGGACAAACUGCCAACAACGGCAAUAUCACUCUUCCGGCUGGAACCACCUUUUCUCUCAACUUACAAACAGACGACAGUGGAAAUGUACAUAUUAGCAAUGACAAAUCCGAUGUCUGGGGUACCACUACUGUGCCUGGAGGUCCAGCUAGCGUCACAGGCUACGACGUCAGACAACAAGCUAAGAUUAGCCCUUACAAUCUGGCUUAUCAGGGUGAAGCUUAA